AUGGACCCAAAACAUAAGGAUUACUUUUUUAGUUUGAUCGAUGUCUCUGAGGUUUGGGGAGUUGGUCGACAGCACAGUAAGAAACUACAUGCCAUGGGUGUGCAUACCGUUCAGGAUCUCACACGAACUGAGCCGCGCAAUAUGAAAAGCCUCUUUUCUAUUGUUAUGGCCAAGACGGUAGCUGAGUUGCAAGGUAUUUCCUGCAUAGAGAUUGAACAUGCCCCACCCGCUAAAAAACAAAUCAUCUCAUCGAGGUCGUUUGGCCAACGUGUAAUGGAUAAAGAAUCUUUGUCUGAGGCAAUGAGUGAUUACCUGCAGUCAGCUGUUAAACGGCUACGUGAAGACAAAAGCUUAUGUGGCUGUGUGAUUGCUUUUGCUGAGUCCAAUCCAUUUGAUAAGAAUAAGCCCUUUUAUAAGAAAUCAAUCAGUGUUGGUUUUGCUGAGCCCACUGACUCUGCUGCAGUCAUGAAUAAAGCAGUGAUGAAGCAAAUGGAUGAACUGUUUCAAGAAGGCGUUGAGUUUAAAAAGUGCGGCGUGAUUUUAACGUGUAUUGAGAACAAAGCUGCAUAUAUUCCAGACUUACUCAGUGAUGUUGAAUCUAUAGAGCGAAAUGAGAGGCUAGAGCUUGCAAUGGAAGGUGUAAAAGAAAGGUUUGGGGAUAAGAAGCUUGCGAUCGGACCUUGUAAAUUACCGAAUCGCGGCUGGUCGAUGAGUCGGGGAAGCUUUACAAG